UGGUGAUGAUAAUACCGCCCUGAGUCUACGGUGCACUUCUCGUCCUGUUUUUGCAUGUCGUGUCCUGUUCUUGACUCAUCUAUCUCACCACUUUAUCUCUUCUCUCUAGAAUUUUCACAUCCUUGUUUCUUUAGUUCUCUCUGCACCCGGCUAUACAGCUUUGAUAUCUUCGACGGGGCUUGGCGGUACUUCUACGAGUGACAACUGCUGUGGUCUUUGCAGACUUCAGGGUGCACAGCGUUUUCUCGGGAUCGUGAGAGACAAGUUGGUGGCUGCAGGAACGAGUACGAUCACGAACUUGAACGAACAUAUCUAGUUACAUGUGCGGUUCUCAUGGGUCCUAAGCAAUGUGUUGCUCGCGAGAGGUUUCUGGAGAAGUCCGACGAAGACAAUUUGGGGAAGGUUACACCCCGUCCACGGUUGUGGAACAGGAAGUGCACUGCGGUGGGCUCUAUGUGCGGGAUGGUGAGAUCGACGGUGCUGGAGCGACGUUUGCUCGCGAUGGUCAUUCUCAUGUGCUGCGUCGGAUUCAUCUUUCUAUCGACAUCCAGAGAUAUUUUGGAGCCCAAGCCAUGGCACUCGGACAAAAUGUGGCAUUAUCCUGUUGCGUUUCCGCGGUGCUCUAUAGAUGCCUGCUUUAAUUUUUCGCGUUGUGAGCACAGUGAUGAAAUUCUUGUGUACACCUACAAUGAUCCAGAGCCAAAGCAGAACCCGACAUAUUUUGAACUCCUGCCCUCGUCAAAAUGGCACACUAACGAUCCUCAAGAAGCCUGUCUCUUCUUUUACUUCUCCGAUUCUAAGGCUAAUAAAGCAGCUUGGAGGAAACCGGAUCCCAGGAACUUGCCUCACUGGAACGGUGGGCUUAACCAUGUGUUCGUCACUUUUGCAGAUCGAUGGGCGCAGACCAAUCCGCCGCCUGGGUCAAUUGGGAUGGCAUCGAUUCUUAGCACGGAGCUCCAUGACACAACCUACAGACCGGGUUUUGACAUUGCUAUCCCUCUCCCCCGCAGGAACGUCAAUGUGAUUACAGGCCUUUCUGAGUUGAAGCCCUUUGAGAGGAAGUACUUCUUGACUUUUAAAGGGACCAGGUAUUUGUCGCGCGAGGGGAAGUUUCGUAGCGGAUCUGAAUUUCGAGGCAUGCAUGAUGGAAAGGAUGUUGUGGUUGUCACAACAUGCAAUCACGGGACAAACAAUAAGCUCCGAUUUUGGCAACCAUGGCGCGGCGCAGGAUGUGCAGAAGACCAAACAGUGUUUGACAGCUACGAUUUUAUGGAGCUUAUGAACACAACGUUUGGUCUUGCUCCCGCGGGUCGAUCACCUGCUUCCUACCGAAUGCUGGAGGUGCUAAGUGCCGGCGCGAUCCCUGUGCUGGUCGCAGACAAUUAUGUCAAACCUUUUGAGACUUUAAUUAAGUGGCAGCGCUGCCUCUUGCAAUUUCCGACAAGCGAGAUCCAUCGCAUUGUUCCAACCUUGCGUGCUUUGUCUAAGAAAGAAGUGGAGAUGCGGCAACGAUAUUGUCAACAGAUAUUUCAAAGCGUACUAAAGGACGACAGUACACUGAUGCAGUCCGUCAUGAGAUCUCUCAGAGAAAGGUUUAUGGGAAUGUUGCCAAACUUACCCUUGACACACGAUGAAUAGGGUCCCACGGGGAGUAACAGGAAGUUAUGAUCAACUCUAUGCAGUUGGGGGUUCUUUCACUGGUUGCAGACUUGUUAACGUUGGGCUACACCUUGCCCUUUCUCUUUUGAAGAGUGUUACCCCAUUUUUACCCUGCAUUAGAAGAAAUCUGCCAUUACUUUUC